AUGAUUUAUUGUAACGAAGACGAGACACAGCAACACCUGCUCAUGGACUGUUACAGAGCUCAGGAGGUCUGGUCCAUGCUCCAAGGCCUCGGCCUGGCUCAUGAAUCUUUAAAAAAAAAAAAAAGCAAAGGAGGAAAAGGACUCGGUAAAGGAGGCGCAAAGCGUCACCGUAAAGUCCUCCGUGAUAACAUCCAGGGAAUCACCAAGCCCGCUAUCCGCCGUCUGGCUCGCCGUGGUGGAGUGAAGCGUAUCUCCGGUCUGAUCUACGAGGAGACCCGCGGUGUGUUGAAGGUGUUCCUGGAGAAUGUGAUCCGUGAUGCCGUCACCUACACCGAGCACGCCAAGAGGAAGACCGUGACCGCCAUGGAUGUGGUGUAUGCUCUGAAGAGACAGGGACGCACUCUGUACGGCUUCGGUGGAUAAACACACUCUGUUGCUUUAUCAACACUAAAGGCCCUUUUAAGGGCCAACCCA